AGCAGCUUCACUGAACUGAACUAGCUCUUCUGAAAAACCACUAAAACCCCUAAGUUUUCAACUCUCCUCCUCCUCUCUCAAUCAGAGGGCCUCCCUCAAUUCAAUCUAUCAAUCAGAGGACCCUUCAUAAUUCAAAUCUAUCCUUGGGACAAGGACGGUGAAACAAUGAUCUUCAAACUUGAAGAUGUCACAGUUUAUUUCCCGUACGAUAACAUCUACCCCGAGCAAUAUUCCUACAUGCUCGAACUCAAGAGGGCUCUCGACGCCAAAGGCCACUGCCUUCUCGAGAUGCCGACCGGCACCGGCAAGACCAUAGCUCUCCUCUCUCUAAUCACGAGCUACGCGCUUUCAAAGCCGGAGAACCCGAUCAAGUUCGUUUACUGCACGCGCACUGUUCACGAAAUGGAAAAGACUUUGGCCGAAUUGAAGUUAUUGCAUAAUUACCAGACUCGUCAAUUGGGGCCCGCCGCCAAGAUUCUUGCGAUUGGAUUGUCUUCCAGGAAGAAUCUUUGCGUGAAUUCUAGGGUUUUGGCUGCGGAGAAUCGUGACUCCGUGGACGCCGCGUGUCGGAAACGGACCGCCAGUUGGGUUCGUGGCUUGGCUGCCGAGAAUCCUAAUGUGGAGACUUGUGAGUUCUUUGAAAAUUACGAAAAGGCCGCUUCAGCGGCGGUUUUGCCUCCCGGGGUUUAUACAUUGCAGGAUCUGAGAGCGUUUGGGAAGCAGAAAGGGUGGUGUCCGUACUUUUUAGCUAGGCACAUGGUUCAAUUUGCGAAUGUGGUGGUUUAUAGUUAUCAGUACUUGCUUGACCCGAAGGUGGCUGGUAUUAUAUCAAAGGAAAUGCAGAAGGAGUCUGUUGUGGUUUUUGAUGAGGCUCAUAAUAUUGAUAAUGUGUGCAUUGAAGCACUUAGUGUUAGUGUGAGGAGGCAGACGCUGGAAGGUGCCAACAGGAAUCUUAAUAGGAUGAACCAGGAGAUUGAAAGGUUCAAGGCCACUGAUGCAGGUAGAUUACGUGCUGAAUACAACCGGCUUGUUGAGGGUUUGGCACUUAGAGGAAACCUGCCUAUCGCAGACGCUUGGCUAUCAAAUCCUGCCUUACCGGAUGAUAUUCUGAAGGAGGCUGUGCCCGGAAACAUUCGCCGAGCUGAACAUUUUCUGCAUGUUUUACGUAGAUUGGUCCAAUAUCUAAGAGGGCGCCUGGAAACUGAAAAUGUUGAGAAGGAAAACCCUGUUAACUUUGUUGCAUCCAUUAAUGCACAUGCUGGAAUUGACCAGAAAGCACUGAGGUUUUGUUAUGAUCGGUUGCACUCACUCAUGUUGACACUGGAAAUAACAGACACAGAUGAGUUCUUACAUAUCCAGACAAUAUGUGACUUUGCAACACUUUUGGCAACUUACGCUCGUGGGUUUUCAAUUAUAAUUGAACCUUUUGACGAGAGAAUGCCUCAUAUUCCUGAUCCUGUGCUGCAGCUUAGCUGCCAUGAUGCUUCUCUUGCCAUAAAGCCUGUGUUUGACCGAUUCCAGUCAGUUGUGAUAACAUCUGGAACACUAACCCCAAUUGAUCUCUACCCUCGUCUUCUUAAUUUUCAUCCAGUAGUCAGUCGAAGUUUUAAAAUGUCGUUAACAAGAGAUUGCAUAUGCCCUAUGGUUCUUACUCGUGGAAGUGAUCAACUUCCAGUGAGUACCAAAUUUGAUAUGAGAAGCGAUCCUGGUGUUGCAAGGAAUUAUGGAAAGCUCUUGGUGGAGAUGGUCUCUAUUGUUCCAGAUGGGAUUGUAUGUUUUUUUGUUAGUUACUCAUACAUGGAUGAAAUAAUUGCUACGUGGAAUGAUAGUGGAAUUCUAAAGGAAAUAAUGCAACAUAAGCUUGUCUUCAUUGAGACACAGGAUGUGGCAGAAACUACAUUAGCUCUUGAUAACUACCGUACAGCUUGUGAUUGUGGGCGAGGUGCAGUCUUUUUCUCCGUUGCCAGGGGAAAAGUUGCAGAAGGUAUAGAUUUUGAUGGACAUUAUGGCAGACUGGUUAUCAUGUUUGGCGUUCCUUUCCAGUACACAUUAAGCAAGAUCUUGCUUGCACGUUUGGAGUAUUUACGAGACUCUUUUCAGAUAAAGGAGGGUGAUUUCCUAACUUUCGAUGCCUUGAGACAAGCUGCUCAGUGUGUGGGCCGAGUGAUCCGGUCAAAGGCCGAUUAUGGGAUGAUGAUCUUUGCUGACAAAAGGUAUAGCCGUCAUGACAAACGCUCUAAGUUGCCUGGUUGGAUACUGUCGCAUCUACGUGAUGCGCAUCUGAAUUUAAGCACAGACAUGGCUUUGCAUAUAGCACGAGAGUUUCUGCGGAAAAUGGCUCAGCCUUAUGAUAAAACUGGCGGUGGAACUCGGAAGACUCUCUUGUCACAAGAAGAUUUGGAGAAGAUGACCAACGACGGCAGCAUAAAUGAUAUUUUGUACUGACAAUUUAUUCUGGCAGUUCAUAGAUCAAUACGUUUUCUCCAAUUCUAAUUUGCAGAUAGUGGAGUUGGAUAGUUUCAAGUGUUUUAAGUUUUGAUGGUAAUGCUGUGGCGCUUGAUGAGAAAAAUUAUCCCCUGUUAAAGGCUGGAAAUACUGUCGAGACAACCACUGGAUUUACACUGGUCUGUUUUCUUCAAAUCCAUUGGAGCUACAAACAAUUUUGAAGUCAUGUACAGACUGAUGAUUCCUUGUAGCUUUGCAACAACCUUAGCAAAAAUGGUUCGAAGUCAAUAUUCAGUUAAAUAUUAUUAAAUUAUAUUUUGCUACUUUAAAAAACAUUUAUAUUACAUUUACAAAAGUUGAGAUUGAUGAGAUUCUAA